AUGCGCCCGACCACUGGAGCGCCCGUGUCAACCGCCAGCGAAAACGGCGUCAGCUCGACGUCCCCCGCGUGCCUCAGCUCGAAACAGGUCACGGCCAAAGAGCUCGCGUGGCUGCAGCGUUGUCUGCCCAUCUUCGUCCAGCCGGACGUGGACAUCAAGAACCGCAACGAUUUGGUCAGAACGUUUUUUCGCUUCGAGCGCGACGACGAGUCGGGCCACCUCGUGUGCAAGCUCUGCCUUGUGUUUGCAGGCGAGUCAAGCUAUAACCGAGCGCACGAGGAAGUGGAGAACUCGUUGGCCACGCUGUGCUACCGAACGUUCAAUCGACGGACGUACAAGCGCACAGCCGACAUCAACUACAUGGAGUUCCGGAAGGUUGACUUGGACCCCGACGCGAGUGUACCCUGGGCCACCAUCUACUCGCAGGAUUACGGAGGCGAUCAGCAGUGGGCGCAGGGGGAGAAGAAGAACAUUGGCAAUUGGUUCUCCCUCAUGCACCACUAUCAAGCAGAGGUUGCAGUCUCGAACUGGAAACUGCACCCGCAGACUUACCGUCCGUACGUUUACCUGAAUACUUGCAACCACAUGAUCGGCGAGAAGGACAACAACCCGAAGCUCAGCAAAUUCAACUGGAUCGACUACCCGUUCCAGCAGGGUCAGGAAGACGAUGUACUUCGCUACGUCGUGGACCACGUGCCUACCAAGUGCAAUCUGUAUUCAUAUGCGUGCUUUUGGCGCGCACGCAACGGCGGGGGAAUGUGUGACCGCCAUCCAGGAGGCUCCUCGAUCUCACGAGACGGCAAGUCGAUUUACUUGCAGUACGCGUCCACCACGCCAGGUGCGUAG